UUCUUUAUCUGUUAUUUCAGACACUCCAUUUCCCGCUUUCGUCAAUUUAGGGUUUAGGGAUUUUGAUCCCACACCAAAAUUCUGCCUAUCACCGUGCACAUUUCCGUUGAAAAUGAUGUACGGUGAUCCUCACCAGCAUCAGCAGAAUCAGCCGCAGCCUGGUGGUGGGGACCACUUCCACCGUGGUCCACCCCCGCCAGGUCCGCCGAUGAUGCGUCAGCCGUCUGCCUCCUCCACUACGCUCAACCCCUCCGAUUAUCAUCACCCUUCCGCAAACCCUCCCUACGAAGCUCAUGGCGAUAGUUUUGCUGCAAAAAGAAUGAGAAAGCUUACUCAGAGGAGAGCUGUUGAUUAUACUAGCACUGUUGUGCGAUAUAUGCAGGUCCGAAUGUGGCAGCGAGAUUCAAGAGACAGGACAGUCCUGCAACGUACCCCAGCAGCAGCAAUUGAUAUGUUACCUACAGUUGCCUAUUCAGAUAAUCCAUCAACAAGCUUUGUGGCAAAGUUUGUUCAUACAUCUCUAAACAAGAAUCGGUGUUCAAUUAACCGGGUUUUGUGGACUCCUACUGGUAGACGUCUUAUCACUGGAUCUCAAAGUGGAGAAUUUACUCUUUGGAAUGGACAAUCAUUUAAUUUUGAAAUGAUUCUUCAGGCCCAUGAUCAUGCAAUUAGAUCAAUGGUAUGGAGCCACAAUGACAACUGGAUGGUCUCUGGUGAUGAUGGGGGUGCAAUAAAGUAUUGGCAGAACAAUAUGAAUAAUGUGAAGGCCAAUAAAUCAGCUCAUAAAGAAUCAGUCCGUGAUUUAAGUUUCUGUAGGACAGACUUGAAGUUCUGUUCCUGUUCAGAUGAUACCACUGUUAAAGUUUGGGACUUUGCUCGGUGCCAAGAAGAGCGGUCAUUAACUGGCCAUGGUUGGGAUGUGAAAAGUGUUGACUGGCACCCAAAAUCGCUUCUGGUUUCAGGUGGAAAAGACAACCUUGUGAAACUUUGGGAUGCUAAAAGUGGGAGAGAGCUCUGCUUUUGUGACAAUUCUUCCUUGCGUCAUGGCACAAAAAUACAGUACUUGUGUGAAGUGGAAUCAAAUGGUAACUGGGUGCUAACUGCUUCCAAGGAUCAAAUAAUCAAGGUUUCCUCCUUUCAAUCCUUUUCAUUUAAAGUUGUGAAAGCUUGAAUCUUCCGUGGACAUCGAAAGGAUGUGACUGCAUUGGCAUGGCAUCCAUUCCAUGAAGAAUACUUUGUUAGUGGGAGUUUUGACGGGUCCAUUUUCCAUUGGCUUGUUGGGCAUGAACCCUCGGUUGAAAUUCCCAAUGCACAUGAUAACAGCGUUUACCUGGCAUGGCACCCGAUUGGAUAUCUUCUUUGCAGGUAGAGCAAUGAUCACACAACAAAGUUUUGGUGUAGAAAUAGGCCAGGAGAUUCUGCUCGUGACAAAUUUAGCAUUGGUCAGAACCAAGGUUAUGGUGAACAAAAUGCUGCUCUUGCUGGUCAAAUGCCUGGGAAUUUUGCGGUUCCUGAAGCACCAACAACUCCAGGACCAUUUGCUCCUGGACUGACUCGAAAUGAUGGAACCAUUCCUGGUAUUGGAGUUGCAAUGCCCUUAACUAUUCCAGCAUUUGAUUCAUCGGCUCAAGGGGAACAAAAGCAGCCUCUUCCUGUUUCAAUGCCUUUAGGAGCACCUCCUCUCCCACCUGGUCCACAUCCCUCUCUUCUUGCUGCCAAUCAGCAACAACAGGGAUAUCAACAAAACCCACAGCAGCAGAUGCCGCAACAACACCAGGGACACCCUCAUCAAAUGCCCCCUAUGCCUAUGCAACCUCCAAAUAUGCCACAACUACAGCCUCCAUCCCAUAUGCCCUUGCUGCCCCAUCCUCAUAUAUCUCGCCCACCACCCCAAAUGCCCCAACAUGGCAUGCCAUCUCAAAUCCCAUCUUCGAUGCCAGGGUCGUUGCCUGUACCUUCAUCACAUCCAAUGCCAAUGCCUGGUCCAAUGGGGAUGCAAGGUACAAUGAAUCAGAUGGCUCCAUCUAUUCCACAAGGCCAUUACAUGGGAAUGAAUCCAAUGCACUCAGGAUCCUUACCCACUAGUGGUGUGCCUCCUGUUGGGGGCUUUCCAAAUGGUUUGCCAAAUAUGCAAGGCCCAUCGAAUGCAAGUGGAGCACAAAUGUAUCCACAAGGUGGUGGAUUUAAUCGUCCACAAGCAGGACAAAUGCCAAUGAUGCAAGGGUUUAAUCCCUACCAGUCUGGUAAUCAAUCUGGUAUGCCGCCACAUGGUCAAACGCCUCAGUAGCAUAUUCUUGUGCUAUAUAUGAUUGCUUCACAGAGUUGCUGCCGUCUAAGACUGAUGGAGAAGCAAUCUGUUUUUCUCGUUCUGACCUGUAUUCAUGUUUCAUUCAUUUUGUUAAUUUCCCCCUUUGCUGUAGCUAUUAUGUUGUUACAAACUGAGUGAAAUAUUCAAUGACAUGGCGUUGGUUUAGCAAAUUA